AUGACAAAACAGCCCAUUCCAAUUUGGUUAGACUGUGAUCCAGGAAACGAUGAUGCGUUUGCUAUCUUGUUAUCCUUGUUUGAUAGUCGAUUCCAGCUUUUAGGUAUUUCCACAGUCCAUGGAAAUGCUCCAAUUAGUAUGACGACACACAAUACAUUGGGAUUACUAGACCUAUUACAAGUCCAUAAUAAAAUUAAAGUUUAUAAGGGAGCCGAAUUUCCACUCAAAGUCCCUUCUAAAUUUGCUUUGGAAGUACAUGGCAAGAAUGGAUUAGCUGGUAUUGAAUUUCCCGAGAACACAGUCAAUGAAAUUACUCAAGAUAUGGAUUGCAUUGAAGCUAUGAAACAAGCAAUAGACUUAAAUUCUGAAAAUGUCAAUCUUGUAUGCACGGGUACAUUAACAAAUGUUGCCAAGCUAAUUACAAAAUACCCAGAUGUCAAGUCAAAGGUUAAGUGGGUCUCCAUUAUGGGAGGGAGCUUUGGUUUUGGUAAUGUUACUCCCUACGCUGAAUUUAACUUUCAUACUGACCCCCAUGCAGCUAAACUAGUAAUCCAGGAGUUAAGUAACAAGGUAAUUUUAUCCCCAUUGAAUUUUACCCAUAAAGUCAUUGCCACCCCAGAAAUUAGGAAACAUAUGUAUGAAGAUAAUAACGAAAAACGAAAUUCACCAAUAAGGAACGUUUUUUUUCGUAUCUUGACAUUUUAUUACAAAGUAUAUGCUGCAAACGGGUUUUUGGAAGGUCCUCCAAUACACGAUCCAUUAGCUGUUUAUAGUUUGUUGCCAUUUAUCAAUUCAUUUGAACAGUACGGAUAUAGCUGUGUGCAAAAGAAUAUUGACGUUAUUACUGAAGGGGUUAGAUUAGGUGAAUCAGUGAUAAUUGAAGGAGGGAAUACAAAUAAUGGAGUUUAUAUUGGUCAAGGAAUAGAUAAUAAAAAGUUCUGGGAUAGCGUUUUAUUGGCUCUUCUAAAAGCGGAUUUACAUGCUAAAAGUUGA